AACAAUAAUAUCCUACCUGUACUUGUUGAAACAUUGUACGUAGCUUCUAAAUAGCAAAGAGAAGAUGGGUAUUUUGAGUUACGACAGGAAAGCUGAGCUCAUAGCGUUCGACGAAACAAAAACCGGGGUGAAAGGACUUGUAGAUGCCGGAAUAACGGAAGUCCCUCGGAUAUUCCUCCUACCUUCCCCUGAAAACUUAAACUCCGACCAAGAGCUUAGUCUUCCGACCAUCGACCUCAAAGGAAUCCAUGAAGAUCCUAUUCGGAGAAAGCAGGCGAUGGAAGAAGUGAAGGAUGCGUUGGGGAGUUGGGGGUUCUUUCAGAUGGUGAAUCAUGGAAUUCCGGUUGACAUGUUGGAGGAGAUGAAAAAAGGAGUUUUAGCGUUUUUUGAGCAGGAUAGUGAGGUGAGGAAGCAGUGGUACACAAGGGAUCGCUCUGCGAAUAGGGUGGUGUAUAACAGCAACUUUGACUUGUACUCUGCACCGGUGGCUAACUGGCGAGACUCUGUCAUGUGCACCGUGUAUCCUAAUCCUCCUCAACCAGAAGAGUUGCCAUCGCCUUGCAGAGAUAUUUUCUUGGAGUACUCGCAGCAAGUAAUGAAACUCGGAUGCUCUAUAUUGGAGUUGAUGUCUGAGUCUCUAGGGCUCCCUCCUAAUCACUUUUUCGACAUGGGAUGUGCUGAAGAGAUUCAAGUUACGGGCCAUUACUAUCCUCCUUGCCCACAACCUGAGCUAACAAUCGGCACCACUGAACAUAGUGAUGCUGGAUUCAUUACCAUUCUUCAACAAGAUCUUGUUGGUGGGCUCAAGAUCUUUUAUCAAAACCAAUGGACGGAUGUUCGCCCUAUACCAGGAGCUCUUGUAGUGAACGCUGGUGAUCUUUUACAGCUAGUUACAAAUGAUAAGUUUGUGAGCGCACGUCACAAAGUGAUGGCAAACAAGGUUGGUCCGCGAAUAUCGGUGGCAUCAUUUUUUCUGGCUAACUUAAAACCUGAGGCAUUAAAGGUGUUUGAACCAAUUAAGGAGUUGCUUUCCGAAGAUGAGCCAGCCAAGUAUAGAAGUACAACAGCAAAAGGAUUUUUAGAUUACUUCUAUUCAAAAGGACUUGAUAAAACUCCCGCUCUUUUGCAUUUCAAGAAUUAGCUCAAUAAUUACAUGUUGUUUCGGAAUAAUGGCUCCUUAUGAAGCUUUCCUUCAUAGAUUGGUGGCAUGCUCAUGUAAUUGAUAUUAAAACUCGUUUUUGUGUGAUUAUCAUAAGAAUUUGGUAGAUAUGCUGAGUUUUUACAUAAUAUAUAAUUCACUACGCUUUCAAUAAAUGAAAGGUUUAAUUUGAACACUUUUUAAAGAAA